AAAAGUGCCAAUGAAUUGGUUGCGAUUUCAUAUGAUAAUAUCACGGAUAUAUGUUUGUCGUUGACACAGAAAUAUUGAUCCCGACACUUUAUCAGAGGUAUACCGAUUCAUUUCAUACUUAAUAAUAGUGAUCGCUUAAAUGCGACUGUUCAAAUGAGGACAGUCAGUUAUCUCCGUUAUGAAAAGGAUGUUUAAAAUAAAUCAUUUAACAAUCAAUUGUGAGGAAGUUAUUAAAGGUAAAAAACACACUACAAUGUGGAAUUUUUUAUGAGUUUUUCAGUUAUUCCUGUUUUCAAUAAUUUCGCUAUGAAUACUAGCCUGUAGACAUAUUUGAAGAUGACCAGUCCGAAGGUUGAAUGUUCUGACAUAACAUUUUACAUAAGUAGCCCGGAGGAGGAUGUUUCACAUUCGAACAACUCCGGAAAUUAUGAGAAAUCUGAGGCGGAGUUCGUGAAAUGUAACGAGAGACGUCUCGAUUAUAUCGACAGUAAUCCAAGCUUGCUUCGAUACAUCGAUAGUAACGCUGAAUGUCACAGUAUAGAUAACUACAGUGAGAGUGAAAAUGAAAUGAUUUCAAAUAGACUGAAUGAAAAGAGAGAAAAAAUGAACGAAAACGAAUUGGAUACAAAUCUAGAGAGCAGAAAUUCUGUAAAGGAUAUACGAGAUGCAAAUUGCUAUCAUCAAAUUAAAACGAAUGGGGAAUCAAGAGGAAAAUAUAUAGAUUGUCUUUGUGACGGUCAAACGUUAAGUCCGUGUACGGCUAUUCACUCCUGCCCUAGAGUGCAAUUCAAAGAUACACCGAACAAAAGUUUGGAGGAUAUAAAUUCGAACAGAGAGAAUGAAUUUAUGUUGACAAAUUCAUCAAAUAAAAAAAAAGUAUCACUGACGUUACCGAAUGGUCUUGUGAACGGAGUAUACAGUGGCAGUGUGACCGAUCUGGAAAAUGGAAAACAGAUCAGUAAUGGAAAGCAUGACUUUCCAAAGAGCGAUGAAUUUUCAAUUACUAAUAUUCAACGGUUAAGUAGAAACAGUCGGUAUAGAAAACGCAGUCAGCGAGAUGUAAUGCCUCCUGAGAUACAAGAAAAGACCACUUGGUGGAAAGAAUUUUCUGUAACGCAUAUUAAGGCAACAUUUCACAAUUUACAAAUUGAGAAACUUUAUCAGUGCUAUUGUGUUCAACUUAAACAUUCAUUAACUAUUGCUUUGGUUACUUUAGCAAUGGUCAUGUUGCUAGGGACACUUAUUUAUCAUAUUGUUGUCAAGGAUAAAGAGAAUUUGACAAAGGAAGUGUUUUUGACAAUAGUGAUAACCUUAUCAAGUGGAUUCAUUAUUUUCUCUGUAAUCCUGAUCUUUAUACUCAAAAGAAAAUAUUACUCAAAAUAUCCUACAUUGAUAUCACUGUUGAUAUGGAUUUUAUUGCUCAUUGUGGCAAGCAUUUACUACAAUAUUGUUCAGAAAAAGAAAGUGACGGACAACAUUGCCGUAAUGUUUUAUAUCAUCAUUGUUUGUUACAUUAUGUUACCACUGUCCAAACGUUUGUCGUUGUUUCUUGGUAUUGUGACAGUCCUACUGGAGAUGAUAGCAUCAACUCUACUUCAUUCUACAGGAUCAAACUUUCUAGUCGAGGAGCUUAUGUCAAAUUUUGUAAUACUCUUAUGUGCAAAUAUGAUAGGGAUGUAUCAUAAAUAUCUUACUGAUCUGACACACAGAAGAACAUUCCUGGAGGCCAGAAACUCAAUACAGUCAAUGAAGAAAUUAGAGAGAGAAAAGAAACAACAGGAAGAGUUGUUAAACAGUUGUAUACCAGGUGAUAUUGUAGAAGAAAUGAAGGAAGAUAUCACGCAGAAGAUGGUGUCACCCACAGAUUCAUUCUAUGAUCUAUAUGUUCAACAACAUUCAGAUGUCAGUAUUCUGUAUGCAGAUAUUGUCAACUUCACACCACUGGCAGCAGAAUGCACUGCUUCAGAACUUGUAAAAAUGUUAAAUGAACUGUUUGGAAGAUUUGACCAGCUUGCAAAGAAAAAUCAUUGUAUGAGAAUCAAGAUUUUAGGAGAUUGUUAUUAUUGUGUGUCUGGUCUACCUACACCUAAUGAAAACCAUGCAGACAACUGUGUUAAUAUGGGACUCAAGAUGAUAGAUGCUAUUCGAGAGGUACGAGAUGCAACAGGUGUGGAUGUUGAUAUGAGAAUUGGGAUCCACAGUGGCAUGGUCUUGAGUGGUGUAUUGGGUCUUAGUAAGUGGCAGUAUGAUGUCUGGUCAGAUGAUGUGACAACAGCCAAUCAGAUGGAAUCUGGAGGUGUUCCAGGAAAAGUACAUGUGACAAAGACAACCUUAGAUAAACUACACAAUAAAGACAAAUAUGAAAUAGAACCUGGAAAUGGACAGUCUAGAAGUAGUUACCUAACUGAACAUCAAAUAGAGACAUAUCUUAUUACCACAAAGAUGAAAAAAUUUGAUGAGAGUAGAAGAAUAAGAUCUCGGUUUGAAAGCAGUUUGAGAGCUUCACUGAGGGUUACCAAAUAUUUAGAGCAAAGCUGGAAUGUGGACAAACCUUUUGCUAAUCUAAGAGUUAGUUCCAUGGCAACCAAACUAUUAGGUUUAACUAUCAUGGAAAUGACAAAGAGCCUAGCAUUUUUGGAUUCCAAAUUAGUAUACAACUCUAUGUCUGAGGAUAAAAGCAUUGCAGCCAUUAAUGACCAGUUGAAUGCAGAAGUAAACGAAGACCUUGCCAGAAAAUCAAAAGAUUUAGGCAGAAGAUACUCAUGGAGGAAAACGAAGGAAUUUGAUUCAGUUCUAUUGAGAUUUUACGACGAAUUAGAAGAAGACUACCUCCAGCGUCCUGACCCAUCAUUUAAAAUUAGUGUUAUUUUUGCUUUCUGUAUAUUUGUUGGUAUCCUAGUUGUCCAAGCCAUUAUAUCAGAUAGAGGCACUCCCUAUUUUUCCUCCUUAUCUAUUGGGAUAGGAGUAUUUGCUAUAACAACUGUGAUAUGUUUUCUUAGAGAAAGUCUGAAUUCCACCUGUGUGAAUGGUGUACAUUUUAGUCCUAGAGUAAGAAUUGUUCUAGCCUUUUUAUGUAUAUCAGUUACAUGUACAGCUGUAUUAGUAUCCAUGACUGUCUGUGAUCAACAAAUCCCUAUCAAUGUAAAUACUACAGAUAAUUCAUCAAAAAAGACUAUAUUAGCUGAUAAUGGUACUGACCAAUCAAAUACAACACAAACAGGAAGUCAGACAGAUUGUAACAGACCUGUUUAUUUUGUAUUAUGCAGUUUACUUGCUCUAGCAUCCAGUAGUGUGUUUCUACAGAUGAAUUACAUUGUCAAGCUUGUGUAUAUGUGUCUUGCCAUGAUAGCCUUUAAUGUGACCUUUUAUGUACAUCCAGAGUUCAAACAAUCAAAUGACAAUAGUAUGUUAACUGAAGCUAUAGCUGGUUCUGUCUACUUAGCUGUACUAUUUAUAACAUUGGUGUUUCUAGAUAGACAGGUUGAAUAUACCAACAGACUUGAUUUCGUAUGGAGUGAACAAUGUAUGAAUGAGAAGAAAGAAUUACAAGAAACCUCAGCACUUAAUGAAAAACUUCUACAAAAUAUAUUACCCAAACACGUGGCAGACUAUUUCCUGAAAUCCUCUAAGGCACAUGAUGAACUGUACAGUGAAUAUCAUCCUGAAGUUUGUGUAAUGUUUGCCUCCAUACCAAAUUUUAAAGAUUUCUAUCAACAAAGUGCUGCAAACAAAAAUGGAAUUGAAUGCAUAAGAGUGCUAAAUGAAAUCAUUACAGAAUUUGAUCAGUUACUUUCUUUGAGAGAUUUUGCUAGUGUAGAGAAGAUUAAGACAAUAGCCAGUACAUAUAUGGCAGUAACAGGUUUGAAAACACCUAAAGCAGUGCGUGUACUUCGGAGAAUUAACAGUAAACCCUUCACAGAGUAUAGGAGCAACAUCAUUAUUAUGACAAACUUUGCAUUAAAAAUGAUGACUUGUCUGGAGGAAAUAAACAAACAUUGUUUUAAUGAUUUUAGAUUAAGAGUUGGUUUGAAUCAUGGUGCUGUCACAGCUGGUGUAAUUGGUGCGAGGAAGCCUCAGUACGAUAUCUGGGGAGAUACAGUCAAUGUGGCUAGCAGAAUGGACAGUUGUGGUCAGAUGUGUAAAAUACAGGUACCAGAGAAAACUGCUGAAGUACUUAUAGAAGAAGGUUUUGAUUGUCAGUACAAGGGCAUUACACAGGUCAAGGGAAAGCAGCCUAUGACAACAUACUUUGUCUUGUAUAAAUCACAACCUUUAUGAUAUUCAAGGUCAAAAGUUCAAGAAUUUCUGCAAAUUGAACUUUGAUAUUAGAAUGACAAGGUGAAGUGUUAUGAUCUUUGCCAAGUCAAAGGUGAUAGCUAUAUCAGAGGAUAAGAAUUCCAACAAACUGAACAUCAGGGAUAUGUUGAUAUUAUAAGUGCCAAAUAAAGUGACUGAUAUUUUUAUAUGGGUGUCAUGGUAAUGAAUGGGAUUAAGCUGUUUUGUAUUAUUUUGACAGUUUUAUACUUUUUAGUAAAACUAUGUCAAUGAAGAUUAAUUGACCACAGCAAAAAGAUAGACAUGAUAGUAUGGCUGAAAACAAAUCAAAUUCACAAAAUUUAAUUUUACUGUGUAAAAAAUGGUAACUCUAAAUUGAAUUUUUUUACAAAUAGAAUUAAGAUUAUAUGAUGUCUAUGUGAUGUGUAUUGAAGGAUAUGUCUGGAAGAUUUGAGAAAUAUAAUAUCCUCUGCAAUUUUUGUUAUGAUUAUAUGUGCGGUAGUAAAUAAAAUUUGUUUUAAGAUCUUACACCCAUGAGGCAAUUGGCAUUCUGUCUGAACCAGAAGAUUUCUAUUUGCCUAGAUUGCUAAGAUAAAACUUCAGAAUAGAUUCAAGUAUUUGAUUAAUAUAGUACUGAAUAUUCAUAAUUUUGUAAAAGGUGCACAAACUUGGUCAUGUAUUUCAGUUACCUGUUUUUAUAUGUAACAUUGAAGUAUGGGAAUUGCUUCAUAAGUGCUUUAUUAUUGAGUUUGAAUUUCUGUAUAGGUAAUUUUAAGAUAAAAAUAACGUAAUCAAAGUAAAGCAGCUUUGGAUAUUUCACAAUAAGAUAUUAUGGGAAUCAGAUUAUUGCAGAAGUUUAAAUGCAUUUUUAAUCUACCUCUUGAAAUAAUUCUAGAUUUUGUGUUUACAUUUAUAUUUUAAUUUUAUACCCUUAUUGGAGAAGUUCUGCUCAUCAAAAUAAUGGUAAAUUUAUCAAAUAACGGUAGGAGUCAUUGUAUUUUGAAUACUCUGGAGGUAUUAGUGAAUGGUGAGCUUUGUAUUGAUUUUUUAAAAUCUUCUCCAUUUAAACAUUUUCAUUCCAAAUGUUCAUUCCAAUCAAAUUUCCCCAAUACGCCAGAUCCCAAGAUACGGUAGUUAGUUGCAUCUGUCAUGUGAAUUCCAUCACCACGUGACCAAAAUGUAGGCAUCGCCACUUCCAACACAUGUUGAGUGAACGGGUGAAAAAGUUUUAUGCUAUACUGCAUGAAAUAUUCGGGAAAUUAAAAUCUAAUUAGUUGGUCACCCUCCCUUCAGUCGUAAGAGAAUUGAGAUAACGUACUUACAAAACAUAAAUUAUUUCUAGACUAAACUACCUUGCAGAACUACGAUCCUGAAAAUAGUUGAAACUUUAAUAACUUGCAGGGAUAUAGGUGCACCUAUAGCCUAUUAUCCUCCAGGUCCACCAAAUGUUUUAGAUGUUGCGUUGUUGAAUUAUUAUUAUUUGUUCUCUUCCUAAAUAUGCAGGAAAUAUUUGUCAUUUAACAAACAACAGUCUAGCUACCAGUAAAUCCAAUUUCAUUUAAUUUGUUUUUGUUUCAAAUUUGAAAUCCUGAAUGAAUAAUCCAUUGGCAAAAGUAUUGCACAGAAAACACAGAACAAAUAAACCGGGAAUAUUUAAAAACUAUAUUGUACAGAAUUUUGUUGCAUAGUUUUACUGUUUGCAUAAAGUGCAAUACUGCCUUAUAGUCAAGUUAAUAGCAAACAGUUGGAGAAAAGUGGUUACUAAUUCUGUGUAAUCCCCACCUGUUACAGUUUUUAAACUUUUUAAUUAAGUUGUUAAAAGAUUUUUACCCAUCUAAUUUAUCUCUAUAUUUAAAUGUAGCUUAAAGACAAUUAUCAAUUUUUUUUAAAGAAACAUUCUGUUCGAUUAAAGACUUUGAUCCAUUUUAAAACACUUUUAUGAUCUCCGAUUUAUGAAUUUUAUGAUCUUUUAUAUUUUCAUAUGGAUGUUUGUUUUAACUUGUUCUUUUGUUGCUUUUUGAAAUGAUCGCAUUUUUUUGCAAAUGAUAUGCAUUUUUUUUAAACAUUUAAGUUGUUUGAAUGUUUUUUUUUAGUUU